UCAACAUGGCCGUGUUUCGUGCAUUAGUUUCGUUUGAGUACAACGAGGAAUAGAAACUGAACUGACCGAUGAAAUGAGUUUUGGAUUUACUCAAAUUCGUAUUUUUACUUUACAAAACGCACCGAUAUUGACAUUGUUAAUCGGGCAAUGCAUUGCUCGGUGCUUUAAUAUGUAAAUGACGAUAGAAUUUCAAUAAAUUGGAGACUUUAAUAAUGGCAGAAGAGGAGAAGACACCUUUUUCAGAGAAAGAUGAUAGUUCCCAAUCAAAAGAUGUUUACAUCCCAGAAGAAUCAGCAGAUGUUUCAAUUUCUUUAUUGGACAUACAAAUGCCAGAGACACCAGAGAGCACCAAGGGUCAAAUAAGUGAUGGUGAUACACCAAGGUUAGAGAGCCCUAAGAUGGUAAAACCAGUACUUGGUAAAGUUCAAGCCAAGAAACGAUUGAUGGCAUUUGCUAAGAAGUUCAAUGUUCUACCAAAAGUUAAGACCAAUAUAUCUCAGCAUUCCACGGGAGCUUUAAAAACAAAGGAUAAAGUGGUACAAGAAGAUACUAACACCAAGUCAAGAAAAAAACCAGGAGAAAAAAUUCUGGCUAUUGAGGAAAUUCGAAGGGAGGAAUCUAAGAGUAAGAUGUUACUGGCAGAGGCCAUGGCAGCAGCAAGUAUAGAUGAUGAGAAUCAAAUCGGAAAGCAUAUAUCAAGUUCUGUAGUAGGUUUGAGACACACAAAAGAAAAGAAUAGACACAAUAAGCUAAGUGAUUCUUGUAGAGAUACAACUAAAUCAACAAUGGAUCGGAAAUAUUCGGAAAGAAAAUUACUUUUAAGGCGUCGACAACGUAACAAAACUGAGAAAGAUAGCUCGAUCCGAGAAGUGAAAGAUUGGAAUGAAAGCGCGGAUCGAUUACCGCGAAAAUCAUCUCAAGAUAAAGAGAAACAUAAGAAAGACAAAAGGAAAAAAGUCGGUAGAGAUAAACGAGACAAUAGCAAGACAGACACGAGUCGCGAUAGAAAAGAAGAAGGAAAGGAUAAAAAAGAAAGUGAAAAGGAGAAACGAGAAGACACAAAAGAGAAAAAGAACGAGACGAAGAGUAAGAAAGAAAACACUAGAGAUAAGCGAAAUGAUAUCUCUGAAGUGGAUGCGGAAAAUAAGGAUAAGAAGGAAAAGUGUAAAGAUAAUAGGAGCAAAGAAAAAGAAUUAAUGAAAUGUAAUUCUUGGGCGGAGAUACGAAAAUGUGGUUUGGACUUCAACGAUAUCAUGCAAUUUAAAAGACGCGAUAAUAUAGAGCGAUCAUUGAGAAACAAAACAGGGCAAGAUUAUACGCGUUACUUUGAGCAGAUGUUAAUGCUGAGUAAUUACCGUCUAAAACGUCAGUCACUAGUUGCUGAGGGACUUGACGGGCCCAAAAAAUAUCCACCUGAAUCGAUAAAGUUAACGAAGCGAGCGAGGGGAUCUCAAGUGUUGUAUUGCGAAAAUCCACGCGCUUCGCUCUUGUUGAACAUUUCGCAGCUCCUGCCAAUUGUCACUCCUGAUCGUCGCGAGAAGAUACGAGAUAUAUGUGAAGCGACUUCAUCACGGAUUAAGGCGGAUGAUUCGGAUGCUGUAAUGGAUAAGCGUAAUUGGUAUCAACAGAUUGAUAAAGAUACCAAAUAUGACAAAGAUGCCAAGUGGCAGGUACAACUGCCCAAAUCGAAGUGGGAUAGCGAGGAGGAAGGAACGUCGUCUACUAUCGUAACGAAAGAGGGAGUUGAAAAACCAAUAAACAAGCUGCACUCUGUUUCUCUAAGUCAACAAGAGAACCCUCCGACGCCCUCCGAUGUAACAGACGAAGAUAAAAUCGACAAUAUUGUCGAGAGCACACACAACAAGGAUGACAACAGGGAGUCCAGUGAGAAAACAAUCGACAACAUGACAACAAAUGACGAAGCUUCGACGUUUUCUUUACAGUUGGAAUCCGCCGGAGAGGAGAAAUUAGCCUCGGAAUAUGAGCAAUUCAUGAAAAUGGUGUCUGAUAUCCCCGUACCUACAUCGCCCGUGACUGAAGUAACUAAGGAGUAUUCUCCGCGUAGUUAUCAUGAGUUUAAUAUAGAAUCUAAUGUGGAGAAAAGUAUAGUGAACAUUGAAAUAUUUGAGAAGGAGAAGUUCGAGGAGGAGGAUAAACACGAGGGAUCGAUCAAGAGUACGGAAUGCGAUGUAGUAUCUAUUGUGUCCCCAGACUAUCAAAUAGAAAUCAGUAAAAAUAGCAUACAAAACGAGCAUACAUCUGAUAAUCACGUGACUGAUGACUCCAAAUCGAUACCAAGCGAUUGGGAGAAUGUUAGAAUUAAAGUGGAGCGAUUGAGCGAUGAGAACACGGAUUCCAGGGAAGUAAAAAAGAAGAAAAAAAAGAAGAAGGAGAAGAAAGUAAUAUCUAGCAGUGAUUCAAUUAGCAGCGAUUCAGUUAGCUCUUUUGACGUGGAGAAAGAAAAGAAGAAGAAAAAAAAGAAACGUAAACGGAAGAUGCCAAACAACUCGUCUUCUUCAGAUUCUGACAGCACGGACAGCAGCAGCAGUAGCAGCAGCAGUAGCAGCGAUUCCAGCAGUUCGGACGAAAAGAGAAAGAGAAAACGGAAGAAGAAAAUUGGGAAAAAGAGAAAAAAGGCGAGACGCGCUGCACGAACGAAGAAAAAACGAAGGAGAAAGAUGAGCAGCGAUUCCAGUAGCAGUGAGUCCGACGAACGUAUAAAGAAGAAGAAAAAGAAAGUCAAAAAGAAAGCGAAGGAGCCCAAACAGUUUGAUACGAAGUCUGUUAAUAACGGUGAUAUCAACAAAAUUAUACCCAAGUCACCUGUGAUAGCGUCACCUUCGGUGGUUCCAAUAAAAAACAUUAAAGAAGAAGCGAUGAUCGAGAAUACGAGAGCCGAACAGGUGACACCGGUUCGCAAAAAAAACAUAAAUGCACGUGACAAUGAAUGUGUGAAGCAAAAGAAGGACAAGGAGAGCAAAUCCGUCGAGAACUUCAUAGAAGAAUGGGAAAUGGAUUCCAUGAUUGCGACGCAGCAAAAUGAAGCCGACAUGUCGAGUCGCGAUCGCAUUGAAAAAUUGGAGAAGGUAAACGACUCGGAUAAAGACAAGCACCGAAGAAAAAGAAAGCAAAAUCGGGACAACGUUGAACAGGACAAGAAUAGAUCGUCCAAAGGUGGUGAAGGCGGGAAAGGACAAUUGGAUGAGGAAGUUGAAAUAAAAAGGAAAAGAAGACGGGAGAAGGAUAUUCGAAGCAGCACUGAGUUUCUUACGGACUGGGAGAAAGAAAGUGAGCGUAUUACUCAUCACAUACAAAACGAGACGAAAUAUUCUAAAAAAUCAGAGAAGCAGAAAAAGGAGAAAUGGAGAGAAACCGAUUUCGACACAUUAAACGUACCAUCUCUGACACAACUCGAGAAGGAAGUGUGUCGAAAGCAACUUUUAGCGGACGAGUGGGAAGUGGACAGCUUGGAAGCGAUACCGGACUUGGCCGCGAGCAAACGGAAAAGUCUGAGUGCUUCUAAGAAAAUUGAGAAGGAAAUCAAGUACGUGAAGAAAACGGACACCUACAUCGCGGUAGAGAAAGAAGCUACGAAAGAAAAAAAGAGGCAGGAGCGUUUCUGUGCAAUAAGAAUAUGGGAAGAAGAACAAGAGGAGGGUGAAAGGGAAGAGAUGAUGCUUCUGGAGCAGAAGAAUAAACGCAAGAGGGACGACUGGGAUAUAGAGGAGGAAUCAUUCUUGAAGAAGAGCGAUGAGGAAAUCGAGAUUCGCAAGGUAGACGAAAUUAUUAAAGCGGACAAAGUGUGGAAUAAACUGGACGAAAGUACGAACACCAGGCAAGACGCGAGUAAGCCGAUAAUGAAACUCGAGCCGGUCAGGUCUAAACGAGUGAAGAAGAGCCGUUGGGACAUGGGUUCGCAGUCGGAAGAAAAGCUGGAAGUUAAGGAUAUAUGGGAAGAAGAUUAUGUCGAAUGGUCCAGCCUCAAAUGUGAACAGAAACUCGAAAAAACAGAGAAGGAAACUCCUCACAGAGUGGAUCAUUCGGAAAGCUCCUCCUCCAAGUCGGACUUGGUAGAUUUUUACCGUAGGAAACCACAGAACAGAGAAUCACUGGAGAGGUCGUGGACGUCGGAAGAAGUGGCAAACAGGUCUGGACAAGCGAAGAAAGCGGAAGAAAACUCAUCGACGAAGAACUUGAUCACCGUGACGACGAGCGAAGAGCAAACUGCAUCCACUACGAAGGAGCAUUCGACCAGGGAUCACUUUAAAAAUAUUCUAGAGUUGGAUGUAAAAUUCAAGGAGAAACCCAUUGAACUGUACAGCCCCAGCUCACCGGCGCCUUCUCAAAAAUCUCAGGAUGUGGAAGCUUCUAAUGACAGUAGCUCUUCCAAUUCUUCACUGCGCAAGAAAACAAGAAAGGAGAUGUUGAUCGUAGAAGAACUGCCAAUUCCCACGACUGAUAUGCUCUUGCAAUUAACAACACUGCGUGAUGCCAAGCACCCAGUGAACGAGAAUAUUGAGAAUGUUUUGGAUACGCAACUGGAGCGUAAAGUGUCUCCUCACAAAUUCGACAUCAAGGAAGUUAGCAAUUUGUUCGAUGACUUACCGAUGAAUGAACCGUGUCCGAACGUACACGGGUCUAAAUCGACACUUAUGGAUAUCUUUGCGGAAUACGAGUCCGAGGGAUCGCGCGAUAAGCAGCCGCGUGUCUCGAGCGUGACGGAACACACUAAAGAUGACGAGCCGAACGAAGAAAAAACUGCGGCGCUCAAGCUUAUUCCCAAGCAACUGCUGAUACGACGAUCCAACGAGCAAGUGAAAUCGAAACACGUACUGGAGACGCCCUUGCAGGAUCCUGCUCAGCAUGCAGCGGCUCUACUGACGAUACAGAAGAAGCUAUUAGAAUCCCAUGCGUUAAAGAGCGAUAAUAAGGGACCGCUAAAAUACAGCACGACGAGCAGCAGUGAGACUCCCAUCACUGAUAAAAUAUUAGACAGAAACGAAUUUGACGUGGCUCCCAAAUCGUCUGUAAUCGAGUAUCGACGGUCGAAAUCUCCAGUGUCAGAAAAACCGGUCUCCGUUCGGUCCGAGCAAUCCGAGAAUUACAAUCAAGAAAGUAAGAAUACGAAGAGAUAUAAGAGUAGUCGAAAUCUGAACGACACUAGUGCUCAAUCCGGCAUGCGAUCUCCCGUACGGGAACAAAAAAAGAAAAAUUCUAGCAAGAAAGAGAGCGAGAAACGAUACUCGCAAGAUUAUAGUAAGGACAAGAAAGAAAGGAAAUCCAACGACGCGGAAAAGUCGGAUAGAAGAGAUAGCAGAAGUUUCAAAGCGGACAUCACCGAUAGCCGCAGAAGAACAAGUUCUCCGUUACGAAGCAAGCGAAAGAAGAGUGGGAGCCCGUAUACCUCUUGGGAACGACAAGGAAGCGGAAAUGGCAGUCCCGGUCAUAGUUGGAGUAGAAGUUGUAGCAGAAGUCCGAAGAGAAAAGACGAAAAUGUUGGUUCUUCAGGUAUGCGAGACCGAGAGAAGAAACGAGACAGGUACGACGACGAACGGUCAAACAGAUCUAGGAUGGAUGAAAGAAGAGAGAGACACACGCGAUCUUCACCUCGCUCCAGCUACGACGAAGAUAAUUUUAAGAAGCACAAUUCUAAGAGCAAUCGCGAUGAUUGGGACAGAAGGAGGCACGACAACGUAGACAGAGACCGCGAAAAAGACACAAGACCAUACGAUCCGAUGGAUAUGUUGCGAGAAAGAACAAUAGAAGAAAAAUACAGAGACACCAGAUUCCAUGCAGAGGGAGAAGUAGAUCGGACAUUUUGGCAAUACGAGACCAGCAAUCUUCUACGAGAUGGUAAUGAGUCUAUGGAUUCUUACGUCGUCACGCAAGACGUCCCGGCAAUAUUGCCUGAGUACGAUGAUCGACCGUACUACAGAGAGGGCAGUUUAGAAAGGGACAUUAGGCAGUGUUCACCGCAGCUAACGACGAGAUUUAGAAGGAGUCAAAGCAGAUCCAGUACGAGAAGAGAACGACAAUGGGAAGACAAAGAAUCCUCGAGUCUAGACCGUCACGGUUAUCUGGUGCAUAGACUAGACAAGCCACAAAGCCGAACACCGCCGCGUUUGAGACUCUCACCUACGCGACAGCCAUCACGAUUUCGACGACAAUCGAGAUCGCGCUCGCGAACAUGGUCGAGGUCGCGAUCUAGAACAAGAUCACGAUCUAGAUCUCGUUCCCGAUCAACGUCGAAGUCAAGACCAAGAAGAGCGAGGUCGAGAAGUAGAUCUCGUUCGAACUCCAGAUCGCGAGCGAGAUCAUCAUCUGCGUCGAAACUGAGAAGUCCGGAGCAUGGACUGAGAAUGUUGGAAUUACACUCUUCCAAUUAUUAUUUUUCACGCAGAUCUCCUUCGCCCGGAAGGGGUCGAUUUCACGAAAUAGGAAAGGAAAGGAAGGACGAGAGCGAGAAUCGAAAACACGCUUGUGGCGAAAGGGGUAGACGUAUAGAGACUAUCGUGCAGUCGGGAGCGAGCGUUUUGGAUUCGGAGAUGGGCAUGAAUAAUAGUAUAGACGGCUCCGUCACGAGUUUCCAAUAUUCAAACGAAAUCGAGAAUAGAAACGAAUAUUAUUACACGGAGAACAAUUUGACCUACCCGCCUUGUAUGGACGAAUCCAGUACGAGCUCUCCGAAACGUUUAUCGCUCGACGACAGAUUAGAGUUAGAGCUAGGAAUUAAGAAACAACAAAACAAGAAUUCCACUGGCAUAUCUUCCGAGUACUCCUCCAGUUUUAACUCCAACGUCAUAGCGUAUCCAUCUCCGCCGCAGCAACAACAACAGCAGCAGCAGCAACAACAACAACAACAAAUUAUGUACCGACAACAACCCACUGUUUUACAAGUCGGCAACGUUUUGCAAGUGGUGCCAGCCGACUUCAACGGAGUACAAUCUGUGCGUCGUGAAGUACCCAUAUCUGGAAGUACAUCGACCAAUGUACGUGGGUCCAGCCAAGUAGUACGUGUAGGUAACGUUCUUCAAGUAGUACCCACGUCAUUGGAUUGGAGCGGUAACAACGGCAACAGUAGCGCUGGAAAUAGUGGCAGCGCCAGCUCCAUUCAAACGUCGUCGAGCACAGAUCAGUCUAGCGGAGUUUUGUAUUCCUCAACGGUGCCGACAGCCUCGCCGGCGGCGGCGUCCUCCUCGAUACCUAUGUCCAUGCCCGUUCCUGUGCCAGUUCCGAUGCCCGUGCCACCGGCCACCGGCGUACCUAGUGCGACAAUGUCGCCAGCUGCUUCACUGCCGCUCGCAUUACCAGUUCCUGUGCCCGUGCCAGUCCCAAUCCCUACGGCGGCGACAGCGUUUCCUUCAAGGAACGAAAUCCAGCCACAAAAAAUUGCUCAACCGGUGUAUAAUUACGAAGCUAUUCUCGAGACCCGUCGCAAGGAACGAGAAGAGCGCAAACGAUUGCGCGAGUUACGCAGGAAAGAGAAGGAACGCAGAAGAAUAGAACGUACGAAUCGACGAGCUCUACGGCUCUUGGAGAAAAACAAUAUACUUGCACGACAAGCAGCCGGAGUCUCGUUAGAUCGUCACAAGGGCUCAGUCGUGGACCCGUCAGUGCUGAAAGCGCUUCGCGAAAAUGAGGAGCAGAGUGAGACCGAAUCUCCGUCGGCUAACGCUGGAAAAGAUGAGGAAGAGCCAGUGGCAACGCCUGUCACUGUAUCAACAGAAGAGGACGAGGACGUAGCUGCGGAUGAAGAUGAAGACGAAGACGAGGAUGAGGCCGAGGCUGAAAUUGAAGAUGACGAGGAAGAAGAGGAGGAAGCAGAGGACGAAGACGAGGAUGAUGAAGACGAUGAUGAGAAAACCACGCAAGUGAUCAUUCAGCGAGCUACUGAAGCUGAUGAGAUAGCAACAGCGACGUACGCUGAUACCAAUAAAAGUCUGAUGGAAAUUGAGAAUAAAGAAUGUUUCGAGUUACCACCUCCGCCACUGAAAGGCAUUCUAGUUACAUCGGGCUUCAGGGACCUAGUCUCUAACGGCAACGUGGAAGAUUUGUCGGACGCGGAUGGCAAUAUCGAGGACGGUAGUGACAAAGACGAAGAAGUGGAUAAGGAUAACGAGCAUGAUAAGGAUGCGAGCGUUGAUGAUAAACUCAGUAUCUCCAAGCCGCGAUCUAAGUCAAAAUCAAAAUUAGCAAGACAGCUGAAGAAAAAGAACAAAAAAUCAGUUCAAUUCGCUGAUGGUAUAAAGCCCGGUGAAGGGACCAGUCCCAGCGGAGGCGAAGGCGACAUGCCUUCGCCGCCGCCUCCCACGGCGAUAAACUUCCGCGACGAGCUCAAAGACUUGAAAAGAGAUAAGAUUUAUAGCUCUCGAAAGAGCAGGAAACAGGAGAAGCGAGUGAGGCCGCCGAAAACAAAGAAGAAAGUUAAGGUAAAGAUAAUCAAAUUAAAGAAACCGCGUAUUACACCGUUGACUGCUAUGAUGAUGGACGAUUCUGACGAACUGGACGAUCGUUCACCGCCACCGCCGCCUCCUGGUUCUCCACCGCCUCCACAUCUCUGGCCCAGUUAUCUGUCAGCUUACAAUACGGCGGUUCGAGCCGCUGAACCGCCGCCGCAGACUACGACAUCCAUAUUAACACCCGUUCAAGCUCCACCACCGCCAACUCCGCUGCCUCUUCUGGUUCCGCCUCCUCCGUUAAAUUAUACCAUUCAACCUUGCAGUAAAGCUUAAAGUCGAAUCCGACGCAGGUGUUUCAAAUGUAUUUUUUCUUCAUUGUGAAACGCUCACGGUGAUACAGCGAAAAAAAUCGUAAUGAAUCAUAGUUUAAGGAAUGUAUAUUGGUCUCAAGAAAUCGUGAUUUUGAUGAUUCGAAGUUAGAAGAGGAGCUAUUAAGUAUGUGUCGAUAGCCGAUAUUGUAAAUACGUAAUCUCCGCAAUAUAUAGACGUCGCUCUCCGACCAAAAGAUUGUUGUGAACCUUUAUCCAUUGCGUCCGUAAAUUUUAGUAACUUCAUACCGAUAUAACUCGGCUCGUAUAUUUUCGAUAUCGGGAAAAUCCCGAAUAUAUACUAUUAGAGGGUCAUACCGGCAAUGGAUACAGUGUAAUUAUUUGUCGAUUAUAUAUCAUUGACGAGAUUUAUUAUAAGCGAGCACAUUCUUAUGCAAUGUAUGUACAUUGUAUCAUAAUUCGUCACAAAUACACGUGACUCGAGUACGGA